AUGGCGCUCGAAUUCUUACAGAAUGUGCCCCGUCCGACGAUUGAUCGGCCGUUUGGCAUCCACCUCUGGCCUAUCUUCGACCAGGCUUUCGAGAAGGUUGUGGGCUAUCCCGCCAGCGAGUUCAAGUUUGUUGAGGGAGAGACCCCCAUGUCCGGCUUCCGGGAAACCGCCGCGAUGCUCGUGACCUACUACAUCGUGAUCUUCGGAGGCCGUAUGGUUAUGAAGAAUUUCCCUGCCCUCAAGCUCAACACCCUGUUCAUGAUCCACAACUUCUACUUGACCGCGAUCAGUGCGACUCUGCUGGCCCUUUUCAUUGAACAGCUUCUGCCCACCAUCUGGAGAAAUGGAAUCUUCUUCGCCAUUUGCGACUACGAGGGUGGAUGGACUCAGCCCCUGAUUGUUCUGUACUAUGUUAGUACCCUCAACUACCUGACCAAGUACCUGGAACUCAUCGACACCGUCUUCCUGUUCCUCAAGAAGAAGCCUUUGACCUUCCUCCACACUUACCACCACGGUGCCACCGCUCUCCUCUGCUACACCCAGCUUAUCGGUUUGACCGCCGUCCAGUGGGUUCCUAUCACCAUUAACCUUCUGGUUCAUGUUGUCAUGUACUGGUACUACUUCCAGAGCGCCCGUGGCAUCCGUAUCUGGUGGAAGGAGUGGAUCACCCGUCUCCAGAUCAUCCAGUUCGUUAUCGAUCUUGGUUUUGUCUACUUUGCAUCCUACACCUAUUUCUCGUCCACCUACUUCCCCUGGGCACCGAACAUGGGCAAGUGCGCUGGAGAGGAAUUCGCUGCCUUCGCCGGAAUGGCCAUCCUGAGCUCCUACCUGUUCUUGUUCAUUUCCUUCUACAUCGCUACCUACAACAAGGCAGCCAAGACCGGCCGUCCCCGUCGCAACACUGGCAGACAGGCUGUUAUCGAUAUGGCCAAGAUGGAGGUCGUCCCUUCUGCCAACGGAAGCGCAGCCAAUGGCAGCGCCAAGUCGAACGGAGCGGCAACCGCUUCUGGCCGCUCCAACGGCCCCGUCACCCGCUCCCGCAAGGCCUAA